ACAACCCCACGAUCGCAUCGGCAAGAGGCGAGCGAGCGACAGAAGCUGGACGGCCAUGGGCCACGACGCGCUGACGAUGACGACGACGCCGCCUGGAGCGACUGCGCCGAGCUCCAUGCUGAGGUCGAUCAGGUCCACCCCGACGAGGUCCGCCUACCACUGCCAUGCGACGCUGAUCGUGCGCCUCACGACCACAGAGACGGUCCAGAUCUCGCUGGCGACGCCACUCGCCGUCGUCGCCGCGGCCGACUACGUGCUCCGGCCCUUGGACGGCGCGUGCGCACGACAGCUGCCAGUGCAAGACGUGGCCAAGGCCGCGGCCACCGUCUCGAAGGCGUAUCGCGCACUCGCCGGCGGCUCCGGGUGGGCCCAACACGCAGCGUCUCUGGUGGCCACGGUCGCCGACUACCCAGUGCUCUGCCCGCAACAACUUUUGUCGCAAGUGAACGCGACGCUCGUCAUGCUCUACGACGUCACGAGCUGCACGUUUGUCAUGCUCUCGACGCGGGACGCGCUCUCGCAACUCGGGAUGCACGCUGCUCCAGUGCCCGCUCAACACGCCACCGUGGUUGAGGCCACCGUGGUCGACGCGGACGACGGCCACCGCGUCGGGCAAAGCGACGCGCAACCGUUCACCCCGUCAGCGCACGAGCGGUCGGUGGCCAUCGCCUUGUUUCUCCCGGUGUACUGCUCGACAAGCCCGCAGUCGUUGCUGGAGAUGAUCCAGAACGACGUGACGACCGGCUUCUUGGCGCACCCGUCCGUUCUCCGCGGCCUCUACAGCUGGGCGUUUGGCCAAGGCUUGCAGCUGGCCCAUUUCGCCGACACGUCGCCUGCACAGCGCACCAUGUUUGACGUCCCGCCGAUGCGUACGCUGGAGGACCUUCAGAGCGCCGUCAAGGGUCUCAAACGUGUUCUCGCCAAGUUUGGCGCUGUCGAGAUGGUCGAGCUCGUCUCCCGCGUCCACGACUUUCUCUGCUCGCUGAUGGGCGACGACCCGAGCGCGGUUGCUGCGC